GCGUGCAGUACGCUAUCCCAGCCAGCUACGAGCACUACAUCCGUGCAGCUGACUGCAUCUCUGCUGCGAGCACUCAGAUCAGCUCUUUCACAAAUUUAUUCCGACUCCACAGUCAUAGUUUAUCUCGAUGCUGUUUGGACACUGAGACCUUGUCAGAUCACAGCCUUUGAUUUUUUGUUUUGUUUUGAUUGACCGAUUAGUAGAUUAAAGAAAAGCUGUAAAGAGCAUCGUCUGUGAGGCAACAAAAUGUUGGAUCCAUCGUCCAGCGAGGAGGAAUCCGAUGGGAUAGUGGAAGAGGAGAGCAGCAAAGAGGUUACGGCACCUCAGGCCGGCGGAUCCCGCAUUUCCCCCAGCCGGACCAGCGAGAGCUCCGGCGGGCUGGCACCCAGCAGCAGUCGCACUAGCGCCCGCCCGACCAGCCCGAGCCCCUCGGCCGCCAGCGAGCAGGAGAAGGAGGAGGUGGAGAAGCUGCAGCGGGAGGAAGAGGAGCGUAAGAAGAAGCUCCAACUCUAUGUGUUUGUGAUGCGAUGCGUCGCUUAUCCCUUCAACGCUAAGCAGCCCACCGACAUGGCGAGGCGGCAGCAGAAGAUAACCAAGCAGCAACUUCAGCAGACCAAGGAGCGGUUCCAGGCCUUCCUCAACGGGGACACACAGAUUGUGGCUGAUGAAGCGUUCAUUAACGCGGUGCAGAGCUACUACGAGGUGUUCCUGAAGAGCGACCGCGUGGCCAAGAUGGUGCAGAGCGGCGGCUUCUCGGCCAACGACUGCCGUGAGGUCUUCAAGCGGCACAUCGAGAAGCGCGUGCGCAGCCUGCCCGAGAUCGACGGCCUGAGCAAGGAGACGGUGCUCAGCUCCUGGAUGGCCAAGUUCGACAGCAUCUACCGCGGGGACGAGGACCCUCGCAAGGCCCAACAACGCAUGACGGCCAGCGCCGCCUCUGAGCUCAUCCUCAGCAAGGACCAGCUGUACGAGAUGUUCCAGAACAUUCUGGGCAUCAAGAAGUUUGAGCACCAGCUGCUCUACCAAGCCUGCCAGCUGGACAACCUGGACGAGCAGGCAGCCCAGAUCCGGAGAGAACUGGACGGACGUCUGCAGAUGGCAGACCAGAUCGCCAGGGGGGGCAAGUUCCCCAAGUUCGUGUCCAAAGAGAUGGAGGCCAUGUACAUCGAGGAGCUCAAGUCGUCGGUGAACCAGCUCAUGGCCAACCUGGAGAGCAUGCCGGUGUCCAAGGGAGGGGAGUUCAAGCUGCAGAAGAUGAAGCGCGGCCACAACACCUCCAUCAUCGACAUGGGCCAGGAGGACGAGAACACGCUGUCCAAGUCCGACGUGGUGCUGUCCUUCACCCUGGAGGUGGUGAUCAUGGAGGUGCAGGGCCUCAAGUCUCUGGCUCCCAACCGGAUAGUCUACUGCACCAUGGAGGUGGAGGGUGGGGAGAAGCUGCAGACUGACCAGGCAGAGGCAUCCAAGCCAACGUGGGGCACCCAGGGGGACUUCACCACCACCCACCCUCUGCCUGCUGUCAAGGUGAAGCUGUUUACAGAGAGCACCGGGGUGCUGGCCCUGGAGGACAAGGAGCUGGGCAGGGUGGUCCUCCACCCCACUCCCAACAGCCCCAAGCAGUCGGAGCUGCACAAGAUGGCCCUUACCAAAGCCUGCCCCGACCACGAUCUCAGGAUCAAACUGGCCAUUCGCAUGGAUAAGCCUCAGAACAUGAAGCAUUGUGGAUAUCUGUGGGCGUUUGGGAAGAACGUGUGGAAACGCUGGAAGAAGCGCUUCUUUGUCUUGGUGCAGGUGAGCCAGUAUACGUUUGCCAUGUGCAGCUACAGAGAGAAGAAAUCUGAGCCCCAGGAGCUCCUACAGCUGGAUGGGUACACUGUAGAUUACACUGACCCCCAGCCAGGCUUGGAUGGCGGCAGGGCGUUCUUCAACGCCGUGAAGGAGGGAGACACGGUGAUCUUCGCCAGCGAUGAUGAGCAGGACCGCAUCCUGUGGGUGCAGGCCAUGUACCGCGCCACGGGCCAGUCCCACAAGCCCGUCCCGCCCACGCAGGUCCAGAAGCUCAACUCCAAAGGCGGCGCCUCGGCCCAGAUGGACGCGCCCAUCUCCCAGUUCUACGCAGACAGAGCUCAGAAACACGGCAUGGACGAGUUUAUCUCGGCUAACCCGUGUAGCUUUGACCACGCCGCGCUGUUUGAGAUGGUUCAGCGGCUGACCCUGGACCACAGGCUCAACGACACCUUCUGCUGCCUGGGGUGGUUCAGCCCAGGCCAGGUGUUUGUGCUGGACGAGUACUGCGCCAGGAACGGGGUCAGGGGGUGUCACAGACACCUGUGCUACCUCCGCGACCUGCUCAACCGGGCCGACAACGGGGCCAUGAUCGACCCCACCCUGCUCCACUACAGCUUCGCCUUCUGCGCUUCCCACGUGCACGGGAACAGAGAGGUCAGCAAUAACUGGGGGCCCCUGGUGGUAGGGUGUGAGGGCCCGCAGUCCCCAAAACAGAGCUCUCAGGGCCCUGAGCCGGGGACCACCACCUCCUGUGCAAAGGCAAGCAAAUUCAAGUUUAGAUUGAGGAGGGACUCCAAAGUCCCACCCCUCCAAGGCCCCAGAAGGCCGGAUGGGUUGAGCACGGUGAAGGUGGAUGAGAAGGAGCGCUUUGAGGAGAUCAAGGAGCGAUUGCGCGUCAUACUGGAGAACCAGAUCGUACAGUUCAGAUACUGUUUUCCUUUUGGCCGUCCUGAGGGUGCAUUGAAGGCCACUCUGUCUUUGCUUGAGAGGGUCCUGAUGAAGGACAUCGUGACGCCAGUGCCACAAGAGGAGGUGAAGGGAGUCAUCCGCAAAUGCUUGGAGCAGGCGGCUCAGAUCAACUACCAGCGCAUCACAGAAUAUGCGAUCAUUGAAGUUGAGAAAGGUCAAAAGGAUCCCAAGGAUCCAGAGAACGCGGGUCGCUUGGUGACCCCGGCCAAGAAGCUGGAAGAGACCAUCCGGCUGGCGGAGCUGGUGAUAGAGGUCCUUCAGCAGAACCAGGAGCACCAUGCAGAGGUGGGCUUGGAUGGCGGCAGGGCGUUCUUCAACGCCGUGAAGGAGGGAGACACGGUGAUCUUCGCCAGCGAUGAUGAGCAGGACCGCAUCCUGUGGGUGCAGGCCAUGUACCGCGCCACGGGCCAGUCCCACAAGCCCGUCCCGCCCACGCAGGUCCAGAAGCUCAACUCCAAAGGCGGUGCCUCGGCCCAGAUGGACGCGCCCAUCUCCCAGUUCUCUGGACUCAAGGGUAAGUGCUUCCUGUAG